AUGUUAGAUUCGGCGACAAGUUUCCCUCCCGCUCUUGCAGGGGGACCUGGGACGUACGAGUCACUUGAGGCGUGGAAAACCAGGCUGCAGUCGAAGUUGGCCGACCAGAAACGGGCCGAGCAGGAACGCGCCGAGCAGGAACGGGCCGAGCAGGAACGCUCCGAGCAGGAACGCGCCGAGCAGGAACGCGCCGAGCAGGAACGGGCCGAGCAGGAACGCGCCGAGCAGGAACGCGCCGAGCAGGAACGCGCCGAGCAGGAACGCGCCGAGCAGGAACGCGCCGAGCAGGAACGCGCCGAGCAGGAACGCGCCGAGCAGGAACUUGAAAGGCAAUCUGGGGACGUUGGUCGUUGGUUGCACCAAGAUCUCGGCUUCGACGGGAGAAGUUCGGCGGUCUUCGGUGCCAGUAUCCGCGCUUGCCAUCUUGAUAAUCCCAAAGCAAUCUUCGCGAUAGACAAGGAAACCCUGGAGGGCGUACUUGGAAAGGUGGAGAUGCCUGAUGUGCUGGCUUCUCUUGUCAUAGAAGCAUGGUGCAGGAGGCGCAAGGAGGACGAAGACCGUCGCCGCGUCGAAGCGGAAACAGCACUCAUCGAAGCACGCCAGCGCGCCGAAUCCGCGGCAGAGGCAAGGCGCCGCCAGGAGGAGGUGGAGCGGACGAACAAGGAACUUCAGGAGGCGGAGGCUCUGGCGCGGAAGAAUGACGCUGCUGCGAAAGCGGAGGCAGAGAGGCAACGUUUGGAAGUAGCUGCGCUCGAAAAAGCAGCUCUCCAACAGCAGCAAGCUCUGCACACUCCAAUGGGCCGUUGGCUCAAAAUGGAAGCGCAUUUUAACGAUGCCCAAGCGUCCCGUUUCUGCGCCGGCCUCGAGGGGCUGGGAAUCAGCAGCACCCAUGCUCUCAAAGUUCAAGAGAGGGAAGCGCAGCAGCAAUUGGUUAUCGACCUGAACAUGAACAAGUACGAGGCUGGAAUUUUCAUGGCAGCCAUGGAGUCCCUCCGCUCGAAACCAGAUGUCUUCGGCGUUCCUUCGUCCACGGCGAAUGCCGGCGCCAGUUUCGUGAACCUCAUGCAGCUGCGUGACCGUGGCGGAAUGGCAACUGUUUUCACAGCCAACCAGCUCAUCGGUGGACCGGAAUCAACGGCAACGAGACCUGUGGUUCUUAAGCGUUCCGACAAGGACCAACCCGGGGCCUACCUCCGAGAGAGCCGCGUCCUUCAAUAUCUCAGUAGACCGGGGGGAGCAGCGGCAGGGUUUGUGGUCCAACUGCUGGAGGCCUACAGCACGCCCGAGCACAACUUCAUCGCCAUGGAACAAGGGGGUCAGAACCUCACGGCGCGGGUGGAGGAAUCGAAAAGACUACCGCCUUCUGAGCGGAACACACAUCUUGCGUUGUGGGGACAACAAGCCUGUCAGGUGGUGGUGGCUCUGCACGGCCUUGGGGUCGUAUGGGGCGACGUCAAGCCGGACAACUACGUCUUCCGUGGGGACCGUCUGGUUGCGGUGGACUUCGGAUCCACCUGUGUUGAGGUCGGAUCGAUUGCCCAGCGAGAGCUAGGAGCCGCUGCUGACACUUCGUUCACGUCGAGACCGAGCGAUCAGUUUGCCUGGUCGGUUCAAUAUGGAGCACCAGAGAGGGCGAGAGCGGACCGGCAGGGUGUACCUUGCGUGGCUCGUCGCAGCCAGGACGUGUGGUCGCUUGGGAUGGUGCUGUACUACUUGUCGACAGGAGGUACGCCCUACUUCCCAUCGCCGGUGGAGCGGACGGAAAUAUCCAUCGCCCAGUUCCGUGAGCAAGCACAGCAGACCCUUAUCGAAGACAACUUUCGUGUCGAUCUUGGAAGCGUUCGUGGAUCGGCGUGGCGGUGCUCCCUCGGGCUUGCCCUGGAAAGGAUCGUCGACGAGCGCGGGACAGCAGGCGAAGUGCUGGAAGCGUUCACGCGAGGGAUCCACGGGCUCGUUUCAACAGUCAGUAAGACUAGAGGGAUGGAGUCCCUCAAGCGAAUGCUCGCGGUGAUAUCUGAAGACCAGCAGGAGGUACUCAGGCGAACAGGAACCAUUUCCGGCAACGUCGGGCGCGUGUUGCAAGAGCAGCUCGAUCUUCAACGCCGAGUCGCAGCCAUGUCUACCGUGCUAGAGCAUGUGGCGAUGGACGAGAUGAGAAUGCCGCACACGUUCUUGGUCCUUCCCGAGGAGCAGCGAAAGCUUCGUCGACCAAAGCAAUGGUUCGCCGACAGGGGAAGACUGCACUUCGUGUGUGCCCACGGGUUAGAGUUGGUGCCUUGCGGAAAGGAUGGUGCUGGCUUCCUUGUGGCUCAACCAAAGGAGUGGAUGAAAAAGCACGCAACGCUCUUGCGAGUUUCUGUGAUGGCCAUCCUUGCGGCUUCCGCUGUGGUUGGAAACUCCGCUUCGGGAGGAGCAAUGGGACCCAUCGCCGCUUCGUUGAUGCUGCUGCCGUUCGAGGUGAUCGACCUGGAUGAGGCAUACAGCUUUCUGUCCGGCGUUGGGGGCGAGGCAAUGGACCGUAUGCUUGACGACGUCAGCGAUGUCCUCGACCCUACCAAGGGCGAGGCGGGCGCGCCCACCAACUUCGAACGAGUGAAGGAGGUCACGGGUGCGGAAUACCGUUCUGUGUUGGACUUCUUGGACACGAGGUGUCCAGGAUGGGAUCGACAGAUGGGGGGAAUGGAGCGAACUUUCUCCGCCGACGGCGUCAUGGGGUGGGUCUGCCCUCAACAUAUGUCAGAGUGGAAGGCGAGUAACGUCAAGAGUACCAGCGCGACCGCAAGGCGGGCAAGCAGCAGCGCCUGUAGCCCAGUUAGGCCGAUGGCCCCGGAACCAGUUAGGCCGAUGGCCCCGGAACCACGCGAACCACCUGCAGCUUCACGUUGCAGUUGUGUGAUCACUUGAUCCGUUGUGCUAGUGUUAAAACAUGGGGGGGAGAACAGGGAGAGGGCAUCCCGUUCCGUUGUACUCUUAACAAAUUUAAGCUUAUUAUCUACAUAUGGCAAGACUAACCCGUCUAGGUUGGGUCUUGGGAGACGCUUCCUUGCAUGUGCCGCCAGGCUUACCCGUUUUCCAUGCGAUUAUGGUCAUCCUCUCAACAAGCGCCUUGUACUUCCUUACAUGUUUUCCGACGCUGUCGGCGCCUUUUGCUAAUCCUUUCGGUUUCCCGUUUUUUGCGUUAUUCGGCGGUAUCGCCGCUCCAAUGCACGGGUUCUUAAUGUUUUUCCCUACAUGUUUUCUCUCGUACAUGUAACGUGUUUCCUUGUGAGUU